GGGCUGAGGGCCGCGGGGUUGCGGCUCAGCUGAGAACCGUUGGGGCGAAGCAGGGGGGUGGCGGCUGCGGCGCCGCUCACACUCAUGAGGAGCCGGAAGCUCACAGUUGGAGUGCGAUCUUCAGCCCGCCUGAAAGCCCGAAGUUGUCCCACAGCCAGGUUGGCCACUGCCCAGGAAGUCACUGGCUCCACGUCUGCCAAGACAGCAUGUCUGACUUCUUCAUCACACAAAGCCACGGACAGAAGAACUUCCAAGAAGUUCAAGUAUGACAAAGGCCAUCUUGUGAAGUCAGAGUUACAGAAACUAGUCCCUAAAAGUGAUUGUGCUUCUUUGCCAGAAGAAACUCCUGAGACCCCUUGUAAAAAUGAGUUUGCUGGAGACGGUGCCUUGCUUCUGGGCAGUAAAGCUGGUGUUGCCACACAACAAGAGACUGCUGCUCUUCCCCUGGGUCACUGCAGAGCUGUGAGUGAUCCUUGCUCAGGAAAGACUGAAGGUGGCCUGUCCACGCCAAAACACAGUGCCAGUUCUGGAGCAGAAGAGUCUAAUAGCAGUGCCACCGUGCAGGAUGAGUCUGUCCUAGAGUCAGAGGAAGUCCAGACACCCCCACUUCAGAUGGACAACAGCGUCUUUCUAGACGACGACAGCAAUCAGCCAAUGCCUGUGAGCCGAUUCUUUGGGAACGUUGAACUCAUGCAGGUAAGAUGGUGCCUCUUUCCUCCGUAGGUACUCAGGCAGCAAGCUGCACAUGCAAGUUAUGUACUCCCAACCCACUGCUUGGAAAUAAUGCCUCAGCACACAAUUAAACAAAUUAAUCAUUUUAACCCACAAAGAGAAAAUAAAACAUUUGC